ACGGUAGCCUAGAAGAAGCACUGGCAGUGUGUUUAGGUGCCCUGUUUUAUUCCAGAGCUCAGGUUCACUCAUCUGCAUCACAUUCCCGAGACGAUUCACUUUUCUGCACUCUUUCUGCCUUUAGUGUUGUCUUUCUGUAGCAAUCAUGCCGAUGUUCGUUGUAAACACAAAUGUUGCAAAGGACGCAGUUCCUGCUGCACUGCUGACGGAAGCCACGCAGGAACUUGCUAAAGCGAUGGGCAAACCCGCGCAGUACAUCGCCGUGCACAUUGUCCCGGAUCAGAUGAUGAUGUUCGGGGGCAAAGCGGACCCGUGCGCGCUCUGCUCUCUCACCAGUAUCGGCAAAAUCGGUGGCGCGCAAAAUAAGCAAUACUCCAAACUUCUUAUGGGCGUUCUCAAUAAACAUCUUGGCAUUUCACCUGAUAGGAUCUAUAUAAACUUUGUUGAUAUGGAUGCAGCUAAUGUGGCAUGGAACAGCACCACCUUUGGAUAAAGAAUAAUUAUGUAUUGCCUGAGAAGGCUGUAGUUUCCACAAUACUCCCAGAAGAUUGAGUAUUAACACUCAGCACUUACUGCUUGCAGCAGACACCAAUUUGGUUUCACAAUAAAAUUGUCUAAA